CGUGACGCGCCGGGGUGGGGCGGGGCUACCGAAAAGGCGGGAGGAAGCCCAGCAGGGAAGGGGGACAAGGGCACAGGCAGGUGGGCGGCUUCCCCGCGCCCGACACUGCCGGGCUGUUGUGCGGGCGAGCAGGCAGAGGCCCCGCGCGGGCCGAGCCUCUCUCUCCAUCGCCCCCCGGGCACCUUGGUCCUUCACCGGGUCUGCGCCCCGAGGGGACGCGUCUCCCCGAGCGCCAGCGGAGGCCGGAGGCGCCUGCGUCCGAGCAGCGCGGGGAGGCGCCGCCUGAGCUGAGGUCCCGCAAGCGCGCCCCGAGCCGCGCCUCCCCUCGUGCGUGGGCGAUGCCGGCGGCCCCGCAGAGCAGCGCCUGAGCCGGGAUGUCCCAAAGCGAGGCGGGGGCGCAGGCGGGCGAGCGGGGCGGCCCAGACGCCCCUCAGAAGCGGCGGGGGCGGCAGCCGCGUCCUCCUCAGCCACCACCAACGCCGGCCCCGGAAGGCUCCUCCGCCGGCGCUGCUCCGGGUGCUUCUGUCGGGGUUGCGGGCGGCAGCCAGGCGUCGUCGUCGUCGUCGUCGUCGUCCGGCUCUGGCACGCUCAGCUCCUUGGAGACGCUCCCCACGCAGGACCUGCCCUCCAUCCCCGAGGAGGACGCGGAGCCCGCCGCACCGAGCCCGCAACCCUGGGGGCGCCUCUUCGGGCUGGCCAAGGGUUUCCCCAACUGCGACUGUGUGGAAAAUGAAUACUGGUUUGGCAGAGACACAAGUUGCGACUACAGCUUUGCUAAGCUGAAGGUGGCCGAGACUGAGCUCUACAAACAGUACAGCAAGAAGCACUUCCGUAUCUUCAGAGAACUGGGACCCAGAAGCUCCUACGUGGCCUAUAUUGAAGACCAAAGUGCAAAUGGAACCUUCAUCAAUGGAAAAGUCAUUGGGAAGGGCAAGAAGCUUCCCUUGGCAUCUGUUGCAGAAAUUGCACUCUCCCUGCCCCAGAACAAAGUGUUUGUGUUCUCUGACCUCACAGAGGAUGAUCAUCAGUUGGAGUAUCCCAAGGAGCUCAGGGACAAAUAUAUCAUAUCAAAAACGUUGGGCAGUGGUGCCUGUGGAGAGGUGAAGCUGGCCUUUGAAAGGGACACCUGUAACAAAGUGGCAAUAAAAAUAAUAAAUAAGCGGAGGUUUAUGGCGGAUGUUUUGCCAGAAAAUCAGGACAAGCCCUUUAAUGUGGAAACAGAAGUGGAGAUUUUGAAGAAGAUUGACCACCCCUGCCUUAUCAAGAUAAUAGACUUCUUUGAAGGAGAAGACUUUUUCAUUGUGUUGGAAUUGAUGGAAGGUGGGGAGCUGUUUGACAAGGUUCUGCGCCCAGCAAGAUUGAGCGAAGCAACUUGCAAACUUUAUUUCUAUCAGAUGCUUUUAGCUGUGCAGUACCUUCAUGAAAAAGGCAUUAUUCAUCGGGACCUGAAGCUGGAGAACGUACUUUUAUCAUCUCCUGAGGCAAAUUGCCUUAUAAAGAUUACAGAUUUUGGGCAAUCCAAAAUUCUUGGAGAAACAUCACUUAUGAAAACCUUAUGUGGAACACCUGACUAUCUUGCUCCUGAAGUUCAAACUUUUUCUGGAACGGGUGGCUAUGGACGAUCAGUGGACUGCUGGAGCCUAGGAGUGAUUCUUUUUAUUUGCCUCUCCGGAUAUCCACCCUUCUCUGAUAAAAAUGCUCGGCUGUCUCUGAGGGAGCAAAUUGCCAGGGGAGACUACUACUACUGUGCAGAAAUUUGGGAUCAUGUGUCAAAAGAAGGGAAGCUGGCUAGACAAAGACAAGGAGCUGAAAGGGACUUCUUAGCCCCAGAAAACUACCUGUGGCUCCCAACAGGCUUCCAACUUCUCCUGGUCCUCAGUCAAGCAGGUGGGAGAGCCUUCGAUCUUGUACAGAAGUUGCUAGUAGUGGACCCACACAAGCGUCUUAAAAUAGAAGAGGCCUUGGAGCAUCCCUGGCUUCAGGAUGAAAAUAUGAAACACACUUUCCAACAGUUAAUCGCUCAAGCACAGGACCCAGUGCUUAAAUCAGAGGUGGAAACUUUGCCAUUCACAAGCAGAAAACGGCACUGCGCAGAACAGGAACAGGCUGGGCCCUCGAAGGUGCAAAUAGUGAAGAAAUGUUCUUAAUGGCUCUUGUGGUUAUUUUUUUUAAACAGAAUUUUAGAAAUCUAUUAAGCUCCUACAAAUUAUCCCUCGAUAAAUAAAAACUUUCUAAGACCGAA